AUGACGGAAGAAGUGAAUAUAUUUCUGUCGAAGCUCGUCCUCCACGGCGAAUCCAUUUUGGCGGAAAUCUUCCGAUUAUCCUCUUUUGUGCCCAAAGAUUUUCGAAAUCCGCAAAAAUCGGCGAAAUUUCGAAGCAUCGUACAGUUGGAUUUUAAGUAUUUGAGCAAAACGGAACAGAUUGAGAAGGAGCUCGAAAAGGAUUUGGUAGGCGAUUUAUUGUUGCUAACAAAAUGCUUGUCUCUAGAAAUGUGAAAAUGAGCUAAUGAGUAGAGUUGUGGUAUUACAAGAAAAAUUCGAUUUAAAAAUUUAAAAAUUUAAAUUUAAAUUCAAAACUUUAAAAACAAUGUUUGAAACGGUAUUUAAAUAACGAUCCAAAAAAAUUGCAGCGUCUGCAAACACAAUUCUACGCGACAUUCGAGCCGGUGCUCAUCGCUUUCGGACAACUUUUCACGUCAAUCGCCGAAUUCGUGCAAACGUUUACGAGUUAUGCACAGGAAAUUGCCGAGGAAGUGAAAAACGGACAGAGAAUCGAUGCGAGCAGGACCGCCGAACUAGAGGUUCCGUGUUUCGAUGAAUUUUAUGAAAAUCCCCAUUUUCCAGACGUACUGCCUGUACAUUUCCGGUCUUUUGCUCAUUUACCUCGAUUCCUACCUGCCCGGACCGAUUCGAGAACGUAUUUACGUGGCGAUUUAUCGAAAAAGUGAUGUACGCGAAAAUGCAGAAUUUCUGGUGGACUUUUUGAAGGCAACAGGCGCCAAUGACUGUAUGAUUAGGUGAGAUUCUGGGAAUUCAGCGGAUGUAAUUUUUCGUUGUUAAGUUCUGGCUCGGCGUAGCCUCAAUAACCCCUUGUUUCGGAAUAAACCUGUUUCGAAACACAUCAAAUACAUAACAUUUAACAAGAAAUGCCUUAUUUCGUAGAGUUCGAUUUCGACCCACAAACAAAUCACUGUUUCAAAAUUUUUCACAUUAGUUUAACAGGGGCGUAGAAUUUUGCUGAUUUUCCAGACGCCUGGAACUGCCGGAAUCGUUCGUGCGUUCGUGUCUCGGCACAAUCGAAGCAUUCGAGGAUUCCGCUCUAAAGAUACCGAAAACCCAAUUGAUGUACGUCAUUCUUCAGUUCGAUCGACACACUCUCACCACGGAUAACACGCGAAUGACGAAGAUUGUCAACUCGGUUUUUCGAGAAAUUUGGGUACGUUUUUUAUGGGAAGUUGUCUGGAAUUCCCAGCCUGUAAAAUAGGGUUUGUAUGUAUUAAAAAGUAAGAAACAUUGACAAAUAACAAUGCUUUAGAAAGCUAGAAUUUUCUGUAAAUUGAACAUUUGAUUCGAUUUCAAGAUAAAUGGUUCGAUAAAAAUAAAAAAAAACUAAAACACGACUUCAGACAUGUUUAAAAAAACUUGCAGGUGCUCAACUUGGGCUUCGGAGUGAUCGCCAAUAUUUUCGACGCGUGGUACCCGUACAAAGCCGCCUGGAACGCCCUGAACGCCACGUUGACGCCACAAGAAUCGGCGGUGAUUAUGGAAAAACAUUUGAGAAUUAUGAAGUCGGCCACUUUUCCGCAGGUCAGAAAUGGUUUUCUUUAA